GUGUCUUCCCAUUCAAAAGUUAUUAAACGUCAAAGAGUUGUUUUUUUCGACCAUCGAGAAGAAACAACUAUUUUUAAAAUUAAUUAUUUUAUUUGUAACUCGAUCAUUUGUCGCAACCGUUAAGGGUAACUAGGCACUAAAAGUCAAGCAAUCGUGGGCGAUAAUUAAUAAUUAUUUAUGCACAGUAAAUCUAUCACCACUCAUAAAAUUCAUUUAAGUACAUACAUCACCGCACGAGGAAAAAAAAACACUAAAACAUGUCGAUGCCACCACCCCCACCACCAAUGCCACCAAUCUCUUUUAUUCCACCACCAUUACGAUUCCGUUGCACAUUUUCCGGAACAAUUUGUGAUGCCAUGAGACGCCGUGGGUGGCAACAGUCACCAGAACCAUCUAUUCUCUCACGAGAAGUCAACUCAGAUUGGUCUCUCUUCUUUUGCGAUAUGACACAAUUCAGAGAUGCCAUGAUUAAUGUCACAAACUAUCGACCGUUGCUCGAUUAUCAGCGUCUUGGCCAUUUUCGAAACUGUCAAGAAAUUUCUAGGAAAAACAAUUUGGUCAAAAAUUUGAAGAGAUUCCGUGGCCGUCUAGAAAGAGCGUUCGGCAAAGCUACUGGUGACAAGUGUCUGUUUAUGCCAGAGACAUUCAUACUUCCGUCAGAACAUUCCAAAUUCUUGGCUGAGUUUCGCACCAAUUCGGAUACUUUAUGGAUUAUUAAACCGGCUGCAGGUGCACAGGGCAGAGGAAUAUUCAUCUUCAAAAGUCCUACGGACUAUCUUACCUGGCGUACAACGUUUGACUACGACAAUGCCUCUAAUGAUGAUCCUUUGACAGACAACAAUAAUGCGCCAAUUACUUGUGUAACCACAAAUGAUCAACCACAACAGCAGUCACAAAAUUUAUCUCCACGCAUCGACACUCGUGCCGAUACUUAUGUCGUCCAAAAGUACAUUACAGAUCCAUAUUUAAUAGGAGGCAGAAAGUUUGACAUUCGAUUUUAUGUUUUGGUCACAUCGUUCACACCCCUUCGCUGCUACAUUUAUCGGGAAGGGUUUGCUCGGUUUUCUGCUGGACAAUUCUCCCUUGAUGCACUUCAAGAUGUGUACAUUCACCUCACGAAUGUUGCCAUUCAGAAAACUAGUGAGGACUACAAUCCUGAAAAGGGGUCGAAGUGGUCCCUUCAAUCCCUUCGAGAAUACCUUUCUGCUCGCCAUGGUCGUGAGAAGGUCCAGGGCCUGUUUAAUACAAUUGACAUGAUUGUCAUUCGAACACUCCAAUCCGCAGUAGGUUUAGUUUCAGGAGACCCACAUUGCUUUGAGGUGUACGGGUUUGACGUACUCAUUGACCGGAUGCUCAAACCCUGGCUGUUGGAGGUCAACGCGUCCCCAGCAUUUACACCGUCCAACGAGGAGGAUUAUGUUUUAAAACUGGGUCUCAUUGACGACACGGCAACUGUACUAGAUCUAGAAGGAAGACUAACAACACUCGAGAUAAGAAUUGGUGGUUAUGACUUGCUCUAUGAUGACGGCCCUGUAUACGCAAAUCCCAAUGAUUCAGGGCAUGCAAUUGGGUGGGACAAUGGGCGGAAGCUGAAUUCUUUUUUGGGUUGCAAGAAUGAUCGAGUUCCUCAACUCAGAGACCUCCAUAGGUCUGCAAGCAUUUUGAAAUCUUUAAUACCAUCGGAACCUCAAGAGAUACUAAAAUUACGAAACCGAAAAUCCAACAACAAGGAUGAUCGGUUUCUAAUGCCGCCAGCACUUCCAUAAUUCGACUUUCCAUAAUUCAUAUUUACCAGCUCACCUACUCUACAAUAUUGUAAUAAAAUCUACAUAUUUCA